GACGGGAUUUCGACAUGCGUAGGUCUUAUCAUUCGAAAUCCUAAAAAUAGAAAGAUAUCUGUUGCCCAUAUAGAUAUUCCCAAUAUUGUUGAAGAUGGCCUACUCCAAAUGCUAUCUUCCAUUUCUGAUCAGGACUCCAAUGAUAGUUAUGAUGUGCACUUAAUCGGUGGUUACAAAGACAUUCCAUAUGAACAUAAAAAGUGGCGAGAAGGAGUUUCUCUUACCCUAUGUUCCAAGAUAAUUGAAGUCCUAUUCAAUAACCCUGCAAAAUUCAACAUUCGAACUCUGCAUGUUCUUGAUCACAAUACUCAAUAUGAUGAAGAGGGAAAUGCCUAUAGAAUCUUCCAAGGUUUCAUUGUGGCAACUGAUAGCGGGUCAAUACUUCCUGCACACUUUCAUGAAACUACAAGAGGCCCAGAUGUAAUGGUUAGAGAAGUUCGUCGAAAUCUUUGCGCCGGUGAUUCGACUUGGAAGCAUAGGUUGUUAGACACCUAUGACACUGAAUCUGACAGAUACAGCAUUGCUCCUUGUUAUUGGGAUGAAAGUGUAUUAGGAAGAGUUAAACAUCUACUAGAAUUAUCUGAUGAAGAGUUCGCUAAGGUGUAUUAUUAUGCUCCACCUGUCCAGAUUGAUCAUAACUACAUACGUUAUUUGAAAAGCAUUGUUGGAUAUAUUGUGGAACAUCCAAAUUGGAAAAACGUUUUUCCCAAUGGAAAGCCACGAGAGUUUAAGAGAAUCCCCAAUGGAGAUUGGAUGGCAAUUUCUAUGGUGGCAACUGAGGAUCGUGUUUCUAGAUUUCGUUCUCAGCUAAAGCGCUUUUUCAAUUGUAUCGUGCGUCUUAAAUUCAAAAUGCUCUCCAUGUAUCAUCGUUGAGUGUAAUAUUCUCAAUAAUUUCCAAACAAUUUAUUUACACUCAUGUACAUAUGAUAACUACUUAAAAUCAGUAUAUAUGUAUCAUACAUACUAAUAAAGUAUUGUAAUUAUGUAUGUUUGCAGUGUGAAUGGGUAAUUUGUCAUCAUU